AUGGCUAUAUUUGAAAAAUCGUUUCAAACGAAAACUAUUUUGGAUGAUACAGAAACACUGCUUUGCACCUUAGAAAAUGCGCAAAACGUUGAUAAACAUACAGAAUAUGUUUUACGUGUGCAACGGGGGCCCUCCAAAGAAAAUAAGUGGGAUGUUUUGCGACGGUAUAGGCAUUUUGCAGCACUUCAUACAAGCCUGCAACAAUCUAAUAUUGACCUUCCCUUGCCACCAAAAAAACUUAUUGGGAACAUGCAACCAUCUUUUAUUGCUGAAAGGCAAAUAGCACUGCAAAACUAUAUAAAAGAAGUAUUAAAGCACCACGUGUUAGCAUUAUCUUUACCAGUGAGAAGUUUUUUGGAUCCCAAAAAUUAUUCUGUGGAAAUAACAGAGCAAGCCCUUCAAACAAUUCCCAUUGCAUUAAGAGGUGAUGGCCGCUAUGAAUUAAAAGGACCUAUAACAGACAUUGGUUGGCGGAUCCGGAAACAGUUCUUUUUGGUAACUGACAUGGAAACUCAAACAAACUGCUUACUAUCAUGGCUGAACUAUGGUCCUGAUAAAUAUUUACACGCAAAAGAUUUACAAACUGCAUUUAAAAGUUUGCAGAACAUGUAUCAUCCAUACAUCGAAGAGGUAGUGGGAUAUCAAAUAUUAGAAACAGGUGCUUAUGUAGUUAAAAGAAUACAUGAGAAUGGAAGCAUCAGGGAUAUUUUAUAUGGUACAGAGUACUCAAAGAAUUAUUUAGCUAAGUAUGGUAAUCCUAAAGUGAGGAAACCAUUUACGACUGGACAAAUAUCGCACUAUGGAUAUCAGAUAUUACAAGCACUCAAGUUUUUACAUGACAAAGGCUUACCACACGGUCAUAUACACCCAGGUAACAUAACAAUAAAAAAUCAAAAAGUACUAUUAAUGGACAUAGAGAAUGUGCUGAUGGGUGUGCCUUGCUUUUACCGCCCUUACUUGUUACAACUGAAACAUAACAUGACGGCUGAAACCAUUGAUGUCUAUUGCUUUGGUCGUACAUUGUAUGAAAUGGCGUUGGCUACCACUUUAGAGCAGUAUUACUGUGAUUACUAUCCCGUAGAAAUCUCGGAAGAUUUAGAAUCGGUCCUCCGACUAUGCCUCUCGUCAACGUUUUGCAGGCAUGGCGGAGUGUCGUUGCAUUUGCUUUUGAACCAUCCGUUUUUCACGCGUGCAACUCUCAACGGCUUUACUUUGGCGUCACAUGUUGAUUCUCGCACACAUCUCAAAUUUCCGUUACCAUUAAAGGAAGAGCUCAAGAAGGCUAUCACCACUGUCGAAUUGCGAUUGAAAGCUGACCAAAAACUGUUAAGAAGUGCAAAGAGAGAAGUAAGAAUUCAGGAAAUACUAAGUUCAGAACAAGAGAUGAAGAAGCAGAAACGGAGAGCGAAGAAACGUGACAGCUUGUGGAAGUCGACGUCGUCGUUAGCUGAGACGGUCCGGUCGCAAAGCGCCAGUACUGCUUCCUCGCCCACUCCGCCCGCGCUUUCGGGCGACACAAGCGGGGACGGCUCUGCAGCAAAGCCUUGUGCGUCAGAGGGCCGGGGCGCGCUGCUGCAGGCCAUCUGCUCGUUCGACCGCACGCGCCUCGCACGGGUCAGCUCGCGCUAA